AUGCCUAAAAAAGGAACUAAAGCCAAAAAGGAAAAGAAAGACGUCGAGGAGACCAAGGAAGCAGAUGAUGAGAGAUUCAAGAUCAACAUCCCCGAGCAUAACUGGAUUAGAUUAAGACUUAAACUAGUAAAUGCCCCUUCAGAGUUCAACUAUUUUGAUGAGCCGAUGAAAACCAAUGAGAGAAUAUUAGAAGUCAAGUAAAAAAUAGUCAAUUAUCAUGGGAGAAUCGAUCAAAUCUAGAUCUUUGACAGGGACCCAAACGCUGUUCUAACUUCUGGUACAAUGGUGGGAGAUGAUUCACACGACAGACCAAAAUUCAACGAAUAUUCAGAUGUGAGAAUGACAUUAUUUGAGAUCUUUAAGACGUACGGUGAGCCAACUAAGAAGCAAGCUAGGGAAUACACCUUAUACUACGACUUCCAUCCAUUUAAUAGCACUGAGCCCAUACUCUUAGCUUUGAUGGUCAAAGACCCAGAGACUAACAAGACUAUCUGA